AUGGCAGUUAACUGGCUUACGAUGGAGUUGCUUGGUGGGCUCGAGGUCUUCUUGCUGGGCUUGAGUGGGCCUGGACUUCAAUCUUGGAUCAAGGUAAUGGGCCCUUACGGGCUAGAUUCCAGGUGUGGAAUCUGGGUCCAACAAUUGCCCCCCAGCCCUUUUAAAACCGAGGAAGCCAUGGCUUCGAAGCCCGUGGUGGGGUCUUCUGCCCUUGCCGACCAGGUGGUUGACCAGGUCGACGCGACCGGAAGGAGAGGUCGUUCCCUCUCCCGAGUACGGUUCGAUCGGACUCGGAUCAAGGUCACUCGAGGCAGGCGUCGAAGCGAGCUCGGAGUGACGAUGGAGAGGCUCGUUCUCGCGAGGGCGGCCCGACUGCCUCGAACGGGAGCGGGGGAAAGCCGCCGUUUACUGGCAGUACGAGAACUCCAAAGGCUUCCCCGUUCAGGACGACGAGGAGGGAACAGCUCGCAUUCAGCUCCACUUCAAGCCCGUCGGAUGCCGGCUCCCGUCCCUGAACCAGAUGCUGUGGCAGCUCGUAACAUGUUGGUGUCCCGCCUGGAGUCGAGGAUCAGAGACGCGCCUCAGCAGAAAGAGCUCGAUCAGGUGAAGGAGCUCGUUGCCAAGUUGACCUCCGAUCUCUCUGCGGCGAACGAGCGGGUAGCUCGUCAGGGUGAGCUCUUGAAGAAACACACCUCGCAGGAGGGUCGUGUGAAAGAGCUCGAGACCAGGGAGGCCGAUCUCUUGCGCCAGCUGUCCCAGAAUCAGGAGCAGAUGGCGGCUUUGCAGAAGGAGAGCUCGAGUGCGCUGACGCAGUCGCUUCGCCUUAGCCGGGAGAACCAGGUACUCGUCGCCGAGAAGGACAAGUAG